GUUGGAAAUAUAAAUAUAAUCAUGGCGUCGGUGACUUUUCGCGAUUGUUUUCUGUCCGUUUCAGCUUUAAUCACCUUCGUGUUCGUGUUUGUGAGCGGUGCUGACUUUGUUCGCUUCGUGUCGUUUCGUGCCAUCUAUCAUAACCUGAGCGGGGCCGCGCCUCCGUGUCAAGACUCUGUGCCCUGGUCUGUGGCUCUGCGGGACGGUGUGGUUCUGAAGGCUGUAGCUGUGGAUGUUUUCCUUCUGGUCCUCUUCAGUCUCCAGCACAGUGUAUUGGCCUGGGCUCCAGUUAAGAGUGUGUGUCAGCGUGUGUUUGGUGUGUUAAGCAGAACUGUGUACUGUUUCACCACCGCUGCAGCACUGCAGAUGCUGAUGCAGUGCUGGCAGCCGGUCACCGGCGCCCCCUGUGUGUGGUCCGUGCGCAGUGCACCCUGGGACAUCUGGUUCCCGCUCCUCUGCUUCAUCGUACACUUCUUGUGCUGGGCCGUGAUCUGCAGCAUCCUCCUCAUCUUCGACUAUCCGGAGCUGAUGGGCCUCAAACAGGUGUAUUACGAGUGUCUGGGUCUGGGAGACCCGCUCCUGCUGAAGUCUGAGCGAGCGCAGCGCCUGUACUCUCACCUCAGACACCCGGUGUGUGUGGAGCUGCUGACGGUGCUGUGGCUCCUCCCCUCGCUGCCGCUGGACCGGCUGGUGUUAGCGGUGUUCCUGUCCCUGUAUCUGGCGCUCGCUCACUCGCUGGACGUCCAGGACUGUGUGUAUCUGCGCCGGCAGCUCCAGAGCAAACUGCAGAUCUUCUCCACGCCACUAGAGGACAGCGAGCGCAGCGUCAGCCACACACACAAGACUCAGUGAGGAGCG